AUGACCACUCAUACCAUCCGCAAAGUCGUCUACUCUGCCUUUGGCGGUCCUUCCAACGUGAGCGUCAUUACAGCCCAAAUAGCUCCUCCUUCAAAAUACGAAGUCCAAUGCGAUGUCAUCUACUCUGGCUUUUCUGGCGCUGACAUCCAAAUGCGAAUUGGCACAUACCCCAUGCAAAAGAGCGCACCAUUGACACCAGGCUACUGCUUCAUCGGUCGUGUCAGCACUAAUGGCCCCAAAUCUACCAAAUUCCGCCCUGGCCAAAUCGUCGCAGCUCUCACUGUCUACGACUCAGAGGCUCAAAAGAUCAACGUUGCUGAAAAGUACUUGAUCUCAAUUCCUGAACAUGUUGAUAUGCGUCAAGCACUUGGUGUCAUUCUGGACUGGAACACCGCUUAUGGCCUGGUUUAUCGGGCUACGGAUCUGGUCAAGAAGGGCCAGCGCGUUUUCAUCCACUCCAUCAGUGGGGCUGUUGGUUAUGCCACCAUGACCCUGUGCUUACUCGAAGGCGCUGAAGUUUAUGGUACCGCGUCAGAGCGCAACCACGCUUCGCUGCGGGAGCUUGGAGUAACGCCAUUUACAUACAAUGACAAGAAUUGGAUGGCUGAGAUGAAGCAGCGCGGUGGUGCGCACGUUGUCUACGAUCCAAUUGGCUUUGAACACUAUGAUGAUUCAUGGGACAUUCUCAUCCGGAAUGAACCCAGCCGCCUCGUCGGGUUUGGCGGAAACAUGAACAUUCUCCAGGGCGAGGACGCUAAACCGCGAUCGCAGUUCCUCCCGCAAAUGAAGCUCUUGGCCAAGAAUGGAUGUCCCGUCUCACGAAGAAGCACAAGUUUUUACUACAUUGACCGUGACCGUUCGACUUACAUGGAGGAUCUUUACGCUGUCAUGAACAUGCUUAUUGAUGGGAAAUUUGUGGUGCCGAUUAAGAAGACGUGGGACCUGGAGAACAUCAGAGAACCUCAUGAGAGCUGGGGUAAGAUCCCUGGAGUCGGUUCUUGUUUCGUUCGCGUGGACCCUAACGCUGCUCUUUGA